UAUAGAGGCAACACUCUAGUACGUAGCCUCGUUCGGAUCACCUCGAGUUCCGUCCUUAUCUUUUUAACUUGUUUUUUCAGCGUGGUUAACUCCCGCCAGUACUCUCUGCCGGUCUAUUUUACGAGUUCCUUCUCCGCCAGUUCUGUUCUAUUAACGGUCGAGGUCCACGACUGACGCCUGUGUGUUAAAAGAGAAAAGGAAUAAGAGGAACGAUUCGCUAGCUCUAAUAACCGAUUUCUAAUCUUCAAAUUCUGUAAAAUUAAUAUACGAAAGAAUUCUGGGGAUAGACAGGGAGAGAGUCUUAAAAAGACAUUUUCCACUUUGUUUUUUGAUAAAUAAUUCAAGUUCAGACAAGUUCAAAGUUCAAGAGAUUCGAUCGCCGUGGGAGGUCGGUGUCUCGGCGUCCGUUGACAGAUUAACGAGAAAUUUUACCUUUUCUUUUUCCUCCUAUUUUUCUUUCUUUCUUUUUUUCUUUUUUUCUCUUCGAAAAAGAAGAAUAGAAAAGGACAAGUAGUGUGCGCUAAAGAAAGAAGAAUAAGGAAUUCUAAGGAAGGAGAAUUCAAUAGGGACUUCGUUUCGGUACUACGCAAUAAUUUUUCUUCCUUUUGAAGAUCGAAAAGAUGAGUUCUGGAAAUUAUUGGUCUCUUCCUCCUAAACAAGGCCUUUACGAUCCAAUACUUGAGAAGGAAGCAUGUGGUGUUGGAUUUAUCGUUGCUAUCGAUGGCAAGAGAUCUCAUAAGAUUAUUCGUGAUGCUCAGACAUUAUCCGCACGGAUGAAUCACAGAGGUGCGUGUGCUUGCGAUAAUGAUACCGGUGAUGGUGCCGGUGUAUUAUGUGCUAUACCACAUGAAUAUUACGCAGAUGAGAUUCGCGAGCAACAGAAUAUUGAGUUGCCCGAUAUCGGACGUUAUGCUACUGGCAUACUUUUCCUUGACAAGAAUACCCAUAAGAAAACUGAAGCUGCAUUUGAGAAAUUAGCCGAAGAAUGUAGCCUAAGAGUAAUUUGUUGGCGCGAUGUCCCAACGGAUGACACGCAAAUUGGCCAGGUUGCAAAAAAAUGUGAACCUUAUAUGCGACAAGUAUUUGUUACGGGCGAUCAAGAGGAUAAAGAAAUUCUUCAACGUCAGAUUUUUGUAUUAAGAAAGAGAUCAUCUCAUACCAUACCUAAAGCAGACUUAAGAUAUUAUAUUUGUUCGCUCUCUUUGAAAACUGUUGUCUAUAAAGGCCAACUUACAGCAGAUCAACUCUGGUCAUACUUUGAGGACUUAAAGUCACCAAAAUUCGAGACUUAUUUGGCAUUAGUUCAUACAAGAUUUUCCACAAAUACAUUCCCUAGUUGGGAAAGGGCACACCCAUUGCGAUUACUAGCGCAUAACGGUGAAAUCAAUACUUUACGAGGAAAUGUUAAUCUUAUGAAAGCCCGUGAGGGGGUUAUGAGCAGUAAGAUUUAUGGUAAUCAAUUGAAAGAUCUUUAUCCAGUCGUAGAGCCAAAUCUUUCGGAUUCUGGUGCAGCCGAUUGUGUACUUGAAUUUUUGGUAAUGGCGGGACAACGUUCAUUGCCUGAGGCUGUUAUGACUAUGGUACCGGAGGCUUGGCAAAACGAUCUUACAAUGGCUACGGAGAAAAGAGACUUUUAUCAUUGGGCCGCAUGUUCUAUGGAACCCUGGGAUGGUCCAGCUUUACUUACAUUCACCGAUGGUCGUUACGUUGGUGCUAUCUUAGACAGAAAUGGCCUGCGCCCCUCGCGCUUCUACGUCACUAAGGAUAACAUGAUGGUGAUGGCGUCCGAAGUGGGCGUUUAUGACACACCGCCCAGCAAUAUAAUCCUGAAGAGCCGUUUGAAGCCUGGAAGAAUGCUCCUCGUUGACACAGAAGAAAAGAAGAUAAUACAAGAUGUUGAACUAAAACAACACAUUGCGAGAAGCAGGCCUCAUUCUAAGUGGCUAAGAGAACAGAGGAUAACAAUGGAUGAAAUACGUGCUGCUCAUGCCGCUAAUAAUGGUGAUACAUCGAACACAGUUGAGAAUGGAUACAAUUCUGAUGUUCAGAAAAAAAAUAUUAUCAAUGGUCUCAAUGAAAUUUCUGCUGUCAAUCGUGUCUGGGGUGGUGAUAAAAGAUUGUCUUUGUAUGGAUAUACAUUGGAGACCAUCAACCUGCUAUUACUUCCAAUGAUAAAAUCCAAAAAAGAAGCUCUUGGUUCUAUGGGUAAUGAUGCGCCGCUUGCGUGUCUAUCGCAAUUUCAACCAUUACCAUACGAAUACUUUAAACAAUUAUUUGCACAGGUGACAAAUCCUCCAAUUGAUCCGUUUAGAGAAAAGAUCGUCAUGUCAAUGCUUUGUCCAAUUGGUCCUGUGAGCAAUAUUUUAGAACCAAGUGAACUCCAAGUACAUAGAUUGUUCUUAGAACAACCAAUUUUAUCUCUCGACGAUCUUGAAGUUCUUAAGCAAACAAAACAUCGUGGAUGGAAGACCAAAGUAAUUGAUGCAACAUAUCCCGUUGAAGAUGGACCUCUUGAUUUUGUAAAGACACUGAAUCGUGUCUGUAAUGAAGCUAACGAAGCUGCUAGAGGUGGUUAUCAAUUAAUUGUAUUAUCCGAUCGACAAGGUGGUCCAGAAAGAGUACCUGUUAGCAGCUUAUUAGUAUUAGGAGCAGUACAUCAUUUUUUGAUCGAAGAGAGACAACGAAUGAAAGUUGGUCUUAUCUUGGAAACCGCUGAGGCUAGAGAAGUACAUCAUAUAUGCGUCUUACUUGGUUAUGGCGCAGAUGCUAUUUGUCCAUAUCUUGUAUUUGAAAUGGCAAAGAAUUUAAGAGCAGAUGGAGUUUUUGAUUAUACAUUUACCGAUGAAGUCAUAUAUAAGAAUUAUUCUGAAGCUAUGGAACGUGGUAUAGCAAAAGUAAUGGCAAAAAUGGGAAUAUCAACUUUACAAUCUUAUAAAGGAGCACAAAUCUUUGAAGCAGUUGGAUUAGCUGAUGAAGUAAUAGAUAAGUGUUUCAAGGGCACUCAGUCACGUAUUGGUGGAGUAACAUUUGAAAUGUUAGCUAAAGAGGCAUUUGAAAGGCAUCAAAUAACAUAUUGUAAUAAACCAAUGGAUAUGUUAAUAAUUCGUAAUCCAGGAAUUUAUCAUUGGCGAUCUGGCGGAGAAAAACAUAUCAAUGAUCCUGGCAGUAUAGCUAGCUUGCAGGAUUAUGUCGUUUCGAAAAGCAAUAAUGCUUAUGAAAAUUAUCGUAAAAUAUCAAUGGACAUGGUACAAAAUUGUACGUUGCGCGGUCAAUUAAUAAUUAAAAAAUUAGAUAAGCCAAUAAACAUAGAUGAAGUAGAACCUGCUGCUGAAAUUGUUAAACGAUUUGUUACUGGAGCUAUGAGCUUUGGUAGUAUCUCGCUUGAAGCACAUACAACGUUAGCAAUAGCUAUGAAUCGUAUUGGUGGUAAAUCCAAUACAGGUGAAGGCGGUGAAAAUGCAAACAGAUAUCUUAAUCAAGAUCCAAAAUUUAACAAGCGUUCAGCCAUAAAGCAAGUAGCCAGUGGUAGAUUUGGAGUAACCUCAAGUUAUUUGGCUAAUGCCGAUGAUCUUCAAAUUAAAAUGGCUCAGGGUGCAAAACCAGGAGAAGGUGGAGAAUUACCCGGUUAUAAAGUCACUGCAGAUAUCGCUGCAACCAGACACUCUGUAGCCGGUGUAGGUCUUAUCUCACCACCACCUCAUCAUGAUAUUUAUUCGAUAGAAGAUUUGGCUGAAUUAAUUUACGAUCUAAAAUGUGCAAAUCCUAAUGCUCGUAUAUCCGUCAAGUUAGUAUCGGAAGUUGGAGUGGGUGUAGUCGCAGCGGGCGUGGCAAAGGGUAAAGCUGAACAUGUAGUGAUAUCUGGUCACGAUGGUGGUACUGGUGCUAGUAGUUGGACAGGCAUUAAAUCUGCAGGCCUUCCAUGGGAAUUGGGUGUAGCGGAGACUCAUCAAGUUCUGACAUUGAAUAAUCUUCGAUCACGCAUGGUAGUUCAAGCAGACGGACAGAUGCGUACAGGUUUUGAUAUCGUAGUUGCAGCAUUACUAGGUGCAGAUGAAUUUGGUUUCAGUACAGCUCCAUUGAUUGCUAUGGGAUGUACUAUGAUGAGAAAGUGUCACUUGAAUACUUGUCCCGUUGGUAUCGCCACGCAAGAUCCUGUACUUAGGAAAAAGUUCGAAGGGAAACCGGAACACGUGAUAAAUUUCUUCUUUGCACUUGCCGAAGAGGUUCGUCAGCACAUGGCGAGUCUUGGUAUUAAAAAAUUCCAAGAUUUAAUAGGCCGCACAGAUUUCCUUAAAGUACGUGACGACAUAACCAUCGAGAAAGCUAAGACAUUGAGUUUCGUUAAUAUUCUACGAAAUGCAUUGGAUUUAAGACCGGGCGUUAACAUUCAUGGUGGUUCUAUCAAGCAAGAUUUUCAAUUAGAGAAUAGACUUGACAACGAAUUGAUCCAAUUGGCCGAACCAUUGUUAAAUGGUAAACAAGAACGUGUUGAUAUUGAAAUGAAUAUUAACAACGAAUGUCGUGCAUUUGCGUCUACAUUGAGUUAUCAAAUAUCCAAACAAUUUGGAGAAAAUGGUUUGCCGGAGCAUAGUAUUAAUAUUAAGAUGAAAGGUUCAGCAGGUCAAAGCUUUUGUGCUUUCAUGACGAAAGGUAUUCACGUGACACUUGAAGGAGAUGCUAAUGAUUAUGUAGGAAAGAGUCUUUGUGGUGGUGAAAUCGUGAUAUAUCCACCGAAAGAAUCUGAUUUCAAUUCAGAAGCUAAUGUCAUAGUAGGAAACGUUUGUCUUUAUGGCGCAACAUCUGGUAAAGCAUAUUUCCGAGGUAUAGCGGCCGAGAGAUUCAGCGUUCGUAAUAGCGGAGCUGUAGUAGUUGUCGAGGGUGUAGGUGAUCAUGGUUGCGAAUAUAUGACCGGUGGAUGUGCCGUUAUACUUGGACUUACCGGACGAAAUUUUGCUGCUGGAAUGUCCGGUGGAAUAGCUUAUGUCUUUGAUGUUGAUGGUUCAUUCAAAAGCAAAUGCAAUCCCGAAAUGGUUGAACUACUUCCACUUAAUAAUACGGAAGAUAUUGCUUAUGUAAAACAAUUGUUGGAAGAAUUUGUUGAAAAGACUGGUUCGCUUAUUGCUAAAGAUUUGUUGAAUUUAUGGCCUGAACCAACGACCAGAUUUGUUAAGGUAUUUCCUUACGAUUAUCAACGAGCAUUGAAACAAUUAGAAGAAAUUAAGCAGGAUCAACCGAUCCUUAAUGGAAAUUCAGAGACUGAUUCAAAGGUGAAGGAUAUUGAAGAAGCUGUCACAGAUACGGAAGUAGCACAGAAAAAAUUAGAUAAAAUAAGAGGAUUUAUGAAGUACAAGAGACAUACAGAAUCAUACAGGGCAGUCGAGAAGCGAAUGGAGGAUUGGAAUGAGAUUUAUAAUUUCCAAGGCGUAAGAAAAGGUUUACGUAUUCAGGCAGCAAGAUGUAUGGAAUGUGGUGUUCCAUUUUGUCAAAGCAGUUAUGGUUGUCCACUUGGAAAUAUUAUUCCUAAGUGGAAUGAUCUAGUAUUUCAUUCCAAUUGGAAAGAGGCGCUUAAUCAGCUCUUACAAACAAACAAUUUUCCAGAAUUCACUGGAAGAGUAUGUCCUGCACCAUGCGAAGGAGCUUGCGUACUUGGGAUAUCUGAACCUCCUGUCACUAUAAAAAAUAUUGAAUGUGCAAUAAUUGAUCAUGCAUUUGAACAAGGUUGGAUUGUACCGCAUCCACCAACAGAAAGAACUGGUCGUACUGUAGCGGUAAUAGGUUCUGGUCCAUCUGGUUUAGCUGCUGCACAUCAAUUAAACAAAGCUGGUCAUUUAGUAACUGUAUACGAAAGGAACGAUCGCGUCGGAGGAUUAUUGCAAUAUGGUAUACCUACGAUGAAAUUAUCCAAACAAGUUGUACAAAGAAGGGUAACUUUACUCGCAGCUGAGGGUAUAGUUUUUAAGACCGGUAUUAAUGUCGGAAAGGAUAUUACUGUUCAGGAAUUGAAAAAUCAGUAUGAUGUGGUAUUACUUUGCACUGGUGCAACAUGGCCUAGAGAUUUACAGAUUCCUGGUAGGGAACUCGAAGGAAUUCACUUUGCUGUUAGUUUUCUAGAACAUUGGCAGAAAAAGCAAAUGGGUAAUGAAACCCCAUUGGAUUUACGACUUAUGGCACAGGAUAAAGAUGUUAUUAUAAUAGGUGGUGGUGAUACCGGCUGUGAUUGUAUUGCAACAUCCUUACGUCAGGGUGCUAAAACAAUUACUACUUUUGAAAUCUUACCCGAACCACCCGGUAGAAGGGGUGCGGAUAAUCCUUGGCCUCAAUUCCCUCGAGUGUUUAAAGUAGAUUAUGGUCAUGAAGAAGUGGCCUUGAAAUUUGGUCGUGAUCCUCGUCGAUUUAGUACUGGCAGCAAGGAAUUCUUGAGUGAUGGUAAUGGACAUGUGAGUGGUAUCAAGACUAUAACUAUAGAAUGGACAAAGAAUUCUGCCGGUGGAUGGAAACCAAAUGAAGUUCCUGGAACUGAGAAGAUAUAUAAAUGUGAUUUAGUUUUACUUGCUAUGGGAUUCUUGGGCCCAGAGAAAUAUAUUGCCGACGAGUUGCAAACGAAAAUGGAUGCACGUGGAAAUUAUGAAACUCCAAUGGGCAAAUACAAAACCAGUUUGCCUGGAAUCUAUGCAGCUGGAGAUUGUCGACGAGGACAAUCAUUGGUUGUUUGGGCAAUAACUGAAGGAAGACAAGCCGCAAGAGAAAUAGAUGUUGAUUUAAUGGGAUCAACCGGUCUACCUGGAGCUGGAGGUGUAAUAACUGGCGUUGUUGCAUAAAAGAGGUAGAUGGAAAGAAAUUAGAAAAAAAAAGAAAAGAAAGAAAGAAAGAAAGAAAGAAAGAGAAAGAAAGAAAGAAAGAAAGAAGGAAAGAAAGAAAUUCUCGAUCGAAUCAUAUCGAAAGCCAUCGUCGAACGAUAAAUGGAAAUCGUUUCGUGGUGUUAUCCAUCUGUCACAAGUGGGAUGGAAACACAAGUUGGCUUUUUCUUCAAGUAUUUUAGCAUAGCUAAGGAAGAAAGCUGAUGUAUAAAAAGAGAGAGAGAGAGAGAGAGAGAGAGAGAGAGAGAGAGAGAGAGAGAGAGAGAGAGAGAGAGAGA